AUGGCUGCGGCGCUAGAAUCUUCAACAACAGACAUUGCGUGGAUCAAUUUUUGCGAACGACACGCACAAGCCGCGGCUCAAGAUUUUUCCAAAAGUUGUACUCAGUACAUAAACAUGAAUCUUUCGGAAAGUGCAAAAUCUACAAUUACUCACAAGGAGUUUUUGAGAAAAUACAUCGAAGCCUUUAAAGAUCAGUUUGAAAUGGAUUUUAACAAGAGGAGACUACACAAUACAAAAUUAUCAAAUGGGGUAGGCACAAGAACUGAGGAGGAGAUACUCGAGCAUGAGGAUGGAUCACCGAAAAUGCAACAUAAACCGUUUUUUCGAAGACUCAGUUUUAAGGUACUUCGUAAAAGUAAAGAUCUGUUUCAUAAACAACACUCAGACGAUGUAGAUAUGACCCAUAGUAAAACCAAGCUUGCCAAAAUUGUUGUAGAGUGUAGAAAAGAAGGUAUUGUCAAUUACUCUACACCAGAAAGUUUAGAUCAGCCAGGUGGUCCUCCCAAAUGGGAAAAGUGCCGACUACAAUUGGUUAAAGCAACAGGAGGUUACAUGCUGGAGUUUUAUUCCCCACCAAAAAAUCAAAAGCCUCGUAGUGGUGUAUUUUGUGCUCUGAUAACCGAAGCUAGAGAGACAACAGCUCUGGAAAUGCCAGAUCACGAAAACACAUUUGUAUUGAAGGCUAGCAACAACAUGGAAUUUGUGAUAGAAGCUCUAGAUACUGAUGAUAUGAGAUCUUGGCUAGCAACAAUCAGGUAUUGUAUGCGUUCUGGUCCAGGAGGAGGUGAAGGAGGUCACGGAGAUCACACUAAAGAUUAUCAUCAUCCUGAAGCACCAGAUUUACCUCCAAGACAUAUGGUAGGUAGAGGUGGCGAUCGAUUGUCUUCCAGUUCCAACUUUGAGAUUUGUCCUAAUACAGGAGAACCCAUCACUAUGGAAACUGAUAUUGGGCAAACAUUAAAAAAAGAGUUAUGGUUCCAUGGUACAUUAGGUAGAUCAGAAGCUGCUCAACAGGUGUUGCAUGAUGGCGCUGCAGGACAUGGAAGAUUCCUAGUCAGACAGAGCGAAACUCGAACUGGGGAAUUUGUUCUCACUUUCAAUUUCCAGGGGCGUGCCAAACAUCUUCGAAUGACAAUAAACGAUCAAGGUCAGUGCAGAGUCCAGCACUUUUGGUUCCAGUCCAUAUACGAGAUGCUCGAGCAUUUCCGCUCUCAACCCAUACCUCUUGAGAGCGGCGGCAACUCGGACGUCACUCUCACCGACUACAUUCUCAAUCCGAACGCCAGACAGCAGCACCAGAGCUCAAUGGGGCGCAGCCCCACCAGUACAAUGACGUCCAGCUCGUCGCAGCAGGCUGUGACGAACGGUCAUGAAAGACGAGUUCCGCCCAUUCCGGAAAUUAGACAAGUGAGAUAA